GAACGGUGGCGGCUUUCUUCCUCAUCCCUUUCUCCUCACAAGAACAGCUUGGCUGAUUGUAUCCGGAUUCGAGUUGUAUCUGUAAUUGAGCGAUAGAUCGAUCGAUACCCUCACAUCCUGGUAUCAGAGACCACUCCACCACUCCUCUCCGCCGCGCCAACUCACGAGACUCGCCACCGCGUUCAAGCGCGGCAAGUUCUCCUCGCCACCAUGGAUCCGGCCCUCAAGGAGUACCUGGACAAGCUACACCAAGACGCCAAGGCCGACUCCGCACACGUCCUCAAGCAACUGCAGACCCAGUCGUCGCAGAUAUCGAGGAUCUCCUCCGCUGGAAACCCGAUCUGGAGGCGAGGUUCGCGAAGCUGGAGACCACCGUGGUGACCCUGCAAGCCGCGGCGCCAUCUGCAACCAACGGGGCGGCGCUCCACAACGCCCUCCCACCGCUGCUCCAAACGCGCGGACCACCUCCCGGGCCCGAUGGCCAUGGCGUCGCUGAUCUCACCGGGGGGGGGGGGGGCCGUCGGCGACCUCCGUGUCGCCGGCGGCACUCCCGGUCACAGGUACGGUUCCGCUUCCGAUUGUUCCUGCCGCUACAGCCCCGUUUUCCUCAUCAAUUCUCACCACAUUAGGCCAGCCACCACCAUCCAUGAGCUUCCCUGUUUUCUCCGGCGACAACCCACAGCUCUGGAAAACGCUGUGCGAGCAGUAUUUCCAGAUGUUCCCCGUCCACGAUUCUUACCGUGUUCCUAUGGCCAUCUUAAAUUUCUCUGGUCCGGCGAGCAUCUGGCUCCAAUCUGUCCAGAAGAAACUUAUCGGGCUGGACUGGGAUUCGUUCACAUCUCUGCUCUGUACACGUUUCGGCCGAGACAAACACCAAAUGCUCAUCCGCCAAUUCUAUGCCAUCAAACAGACCACAUCUAUCGCUGAUUUCAUCGAGCGCUUCGAGUCCCUGAUGAAUCACCUAAUAUCAUAUUCAGAGUUCACUCACCCAUAUUUCUUUUUGACUCAUUUUGUCGAGGGCCUGCGACCGGACAUUCGAGCGUGGUGCUCGUGCAACGCCCACCGAACUUGGAUACGGCUUGUUCGCUGGCCCUACUUCAGGAGGAAGUGGCCGACGGUGAACUUCCGAUCGGCCGCGCCAUCGGCAACGGCAGCCAGGGGAACCAUCCACGCACGGCGACGCCUUCGUUCUUCGGUCGACCUGCUACACCAACUGUGGUCUCCGAGGAUCGACGCGGCACCGAUGCCGCACGCGCCAACUCUGAGAACAGCAAGGUCGCGGCACUCCGGCAGUUUUGCCGCGCGAAGGGCCUCUGCUUCAAGUGCGGGGAAUGGUGGGGCAAGGAUCACGUGUGCCCACCGACCGUACAGAUGCACGUCGUCGACGAACUCCUCGCCAUGUUUGCCCAAGAUGACCUCGCCAUCGAGUCGCCCCCUCUAUCACCAACUUCUGAAGAAGAGAACCUGUGCACUCUCUCGCGCCAGGCAGAGGAUGGUUCGUCAGACCCGGGUGUUCUUCAGCUACAGGCAUGGCUCCAAGGGCACGAGAUCCUGCUGCUUGUUGACUCAGGCAGCUCUACAUCCUUCGUCGACAGCACUCUGGCCACCAAGCUUGAAGGAGUAAUGCCAUUACCGCUGCCAUGCAAGGUGCGUGUCGCCGAUGGCAACACCAUACCUGCAACCGUUUCAUCCCAGCUUGUUCGUGGAUCACGCAAGGGCACGAGUUCACAACGGAUUUCAAAAUCCUGAAGCUGGGCUCCUAUGAUGCAAUCCUUGGGAUGGAUUGGCUGCGCCAACACAGUCCCAUGAGCAUCGACUGGGUUGCGCAACAGUUAAAUGUCACCACCCCCGCUGGCCGCCUCCACCUGUCUGCAAUCUCUUCGGAUCAAACUCAGUGCUCUGUUAUCUCUGCCCCAGAGUUGCUCAAGGCCUGUAAGCAGGGAUCAGUUGCUCACAUUAUCCACCUCAACUCCCUUGAUGGCAGCAGUGAGCACGACGCACAGAUGCCGGUCGAGGUACUGCGGCUACUUGAGUAGUUCACUGACGUGUUCGAAGACCCGCGUGGCCUCCCGCCGCAUCGUGAGUGCGACCAUCGCAUACCUCUGAUGGCAGGCGCGCAACCUGUCACAUCCAGGCCCUACCGGUACAAGCCAGAACUGAAAACAGAGAUAGAGCGGCAAGUUCAAGAACUGCUCGAUGUCAGAAUAAUUCAAAAAAGCUCUAGUCCCUUUUCAUCCCCAGCUCUGUUGGUCAAGAAGAAGGGCGGGACUUGGCGUCUGUGUGUCGACUACCGUCGCCUCAACUCCAUGACCGUAGUGCGCAAGUUUCCUAUACUGAUUAUCGAUGAGCUACUCGAUGAACUUGCCGGUGCCAAAUGGUUUUCGAAGCUCGACCUUCGCGCUGGAUUUCACCAGAUCAGGAUAGCCGAGGAAGAAGAGUACAAUACGGCAUUUCAGACUCAUUCAGGCCACUGGGAAUUCCGUGUCAUGCCCUUUGGAGUUGCUGGUGGCCCUUCAACCUUCAAUGGCGCCCUGACCACAACUCUCAAGCCGGCAAACCGUGUCUGCGUCAUCUCAUUCUUCGAUGACAUCCUCGUCUUCAGUAAGACCUUCUCUGACCAUCUCCAGCACCUCACCCUCGUGCUGCAACUGCUACGCAAAGAUCACUGGCAAGUGAAGCAGUCAAAGUGUUCCUUUGCCCAGCGCCAGAUAUCCUACCUCGGGCAUGUCAUUAACGAGCAAGGUGUCUCUACGGACCCAACCAAGAUCCAAACAAUUUAGAACUGGCCUGUUCCUGAGUGUGCAAAGGAGGUGCGCAGCUUCCUCGGGCUGGCAGGUUAUUACCGCAAGUUCAUCAAGCACUUUGGGAUCAUUGCCCGUCCUCUUUUCACGUUACUGAAGAAGAACCAGCUAUUCGUUUGGACGAGUGACACACAACAAGCAUUUGACACACUCAAGGAGAAACUGAUAUCUGCACUAGUUCUGCAGCUGCCGGACUUCAGCAAGCAAUUCGUGAUCGACACGGAUGCCUGUGCCUACAGGGUAGGAGCUGUACUGCAACAAGAAGGGCACCCGAUUGCUUACUUGAGCAAAGCGCUCGGUCCCAAGAACAGAGGUUUGUCCACAUACGAGAAGGAGUGCAUGGCGAUCCUCAUGGCUGUCGAUCAGUGGCGUCCCUACCCGCACACGGACGAGUUCAUCAUCCGCACCGAUCAACGCAGCCUGAUUCACCUCGACGACCAGCACCUAUCAACACCAUGGCAACAAAAAGCCUUCACCAAAUUGCUGGGUAUGAGAUACAAGAUCUGUUACCGAACCGGUGCUUCCAACACCAAGGCCGACGCACUCUCUCGACGCACUCCUGAUGCAUCGCUAGCAGCUAUUUCAGUCUGGGCUCCAACUUGGCUGACUGACAUUCAAGACAGUUAUGCAUCAAAUCCUCAAGCUCAGAAGAUCAUCACAGACCUCGAGUGCUGACCAGACCCCAAGCAACGCUUCACCAUGCGGGAUGGACUGCUAUAUUUUCGCAACAGACUCUGGCUGGGAGGGUCUCCAUCCAUGCAGCAGCGCGUGCUCCGCGCCUUCCAUGACAGCACAGUCGGCGGUCACUCUAGUGCGCCAGCAACUUAUCGACGUCUGCGUCGCCUGUUCGCCUGGCCUAAAAUGAAGGAGCAGACGCGCCAGUACGUGCAAUCGUGCACUGUGUGCCAGCAAGCGAAGCCGGAGCGUGUCCGUUACCCCGGACUCCUCGAGCCCCUGCCUAUCCCAGACCGCGCCUGGAAGGUGGUCACCAUGGACUUCAUCGAUGGGCUGCCCACUUCUGGCAAGUUCAACUGCAUCCUCGUGGUGGUCGACAAGUUCACAUGCUACGCGCACUUUCUACCUCUGAGCCACCCCUUUACUGCUGCCAAGGUGGCUCACUCAUACUUGGAGAACGUCUACAAGCUCCACGGGCUGCCCGCUGCUAUCGUCUCCGACAGGGAUCCAGUCUUCACCAGCACCUUUUGGCGCGAGUUGUUCAAGACCAUCGGGACUGAACUGAACAUGAGCACGCCAUACCAUCCCCAAACAGACGGACAGACCGAGCGCGUCAACCAGUGUUUGGAGAUCUAUCUGCGCUGCUUCAUCCA